AUGGUCAGGAAGGGAAGACUUUCCGGCAUCCGCAAUGAUCCAAUGCCGACUUAUGACCGCUACUCCGGAUUGGCUUUUUGGAGUUUUUGGGCAAAGAAGGUUGGCUUUUGGUGUUUCGAGACAAUACAAAACUUUCAGCUUGGCGCCGGCAAUUCGGGCAUACACAAGCUCACGGGUGUGGAGGUGUACCUCAUGGUGACAGCGAGCCGACCCAGCGCGGGCGGCCCCGAGAAAUUGGUGUCGCGCUAG